AUGGUGGAACGUUUAAUAAUCCUUAAAAACAAUAGCAUAGAUAGUGAAGAUGGUAAGCUGAGUCAAAAGACAAAUAGUCAAUCAUUGAAUACAGACGAGGAUGAAUCAUUAUCAAUUGAUAGUUCUCGACAAUAUUCGGAAAAGAUUGGUAAUACAUUGGAAUCUGAUAUUAUUUUAUCACAAGCAAAUGAACGCCGAAAACAUUUAUUAACAAUAAGUACUCCUUCAGUUGAUAGCAUAAAUGAUCGAGAUGGUUCGGCCUCUGACAAUCCAAUAACAGGAAAAGCUAAAAAGAAAAAACGACAAUCAAUCGCAUCAAUGAGUGAUAAUGAAUUUAAAAGACAACUUAUAAAAAAACGUCCAUGGUAUACGAAAGUUGAUCUUAAAAAACCAAUUAUAUUUGUGAUUAUUUUAUUUUUAAUUUAUAUAAUAUGGAUAAAACGAGAUGUUUUGAUAGUUCGAUUAUUAACAUCAAAUGCUCGUGUUCAUCAUACAGCACUUAUUAUUGAUCAAAGAUUACAUGAAAAAGAUGAUUUAUCUCAAUCAUCAUCAUCAUCAUCAUUGAAAGAUUCUUCAUCUGUAUCUUCUUCUCAAGAUCUUCCUAAUGAUAUUAAAAAUGAUGAUAAUGAUAAUAAUAAUAAUAAUAAUAAUAAUAUUAAUAAUAAUAAUAAUGAGAUAAAUCCUGAUCACAUAUCAUUAACAGACAAUGAUGAAGAUUCUCCAAAAACGCCUAAUAAAGGCAGUACUUCACAAAAAAUAAAUUUACGAACUCGAAGAAAUAAAAUGAGUUUUACUAAAGAACGUCACAAGAAAAAACAUCGUCAUUUACGACGUCAAGUUGUUGAUGAUGAUAAUAUUAAUGACGACGAUGAUGACGAUGAUGAUGAUGCAGUCGAUGAUGAUACUUUAGAAGACGUCAUUGAUAAAACAACUAAAAUAAAAGAACCUAUUUUACCAUCAUCUAUUCGUUCAUCAAAAAAGAACCAUCAUCAUCAUCAUCAUCAACAUCAACAUCAACAUCAACAGGAACAUCAACAUCAACAUCAACAUCAACGUCAACAACAACGUCGUCGAUCUGUUUCAUCUCAUAAAGAAAAUGUAAAAAAUUCAUUAACUUCAAAAUCUAAUACUAUUUUACCUUUACACAAUGAUAUUGUUCAACAAAUACAAAAACUUUUUAAAUCUCAAGGUGGACGUCGAGAUUUGUCAAAAAUAUUAAAAAAAGAAACUGAUUUAAAUCAAGCACAAAUAAAUCGAUUUAUUCACAAAAACGAUUUUACUAUAAUUACACUUGAUACUUUUAUUUCUAUUUUAAAUUCACUUGAUUCAACACUUUUACUUGUAACGAAAUAA